CACGACGCACCGCAAAUUCGACAUCUCCAUCCCGCCGCCAGCUACUAACCACAGCGAAUCGACAAACAGCAGGAUCGAUCUCUGUCCAGUCGAACUUAUCCAUCAUGGCCGACUCUCAAGUUACCCUGCGCACGCGCAAGUUCAUCCGCAACCCUCUUCUCGGACGCCGUCAGAUGGUCGUCGACGUCCUCCACCCCAACCGCGCAAACGUUUCCAAGGACGAGCUCCGUGGCAAGCUCGGUGAGCUGUACAAGGCCAAGAAGGAGGAUGUUUCCGUCUUCGGUUUCAAGACACACUUUGGUGGCGGCAAGAGCACCGGCUUCGCUCUCAUCUACGACAGUGCCGAGGCCAUGAAGAAGUUCGAGCCCCGCUACAGGCUAGUACGAUACGGCAUGGCCACCAAGGUCGAGAAGGCCAGCAGGCAGCAGCGCAAGCAACGCAAGAACAGGAUGAAGACUUUCCGAGGCACAGCCAAGGCCAAGGGUGGCGCGAAGAAGGAGAAGAAAUAAGCGGCAGGAGUAGGCUGCUGAUUAGGAUGAUGAUGAUGAUGACUAGUACAAAGGUCAUUGUUGGGGGGUCGAGAGUGGCGGUUUCUCUGGAACUACUACUGUUCCGCCUGCUGCGG